AUGCGUAGCGGGGAAGGGGAAGCAGAGGGCGGAAUAGCGGAACGAGUGCGCAAAGGAGCUCAGGCGGGAGGGGGUGUUAGCGCUGGUAGCGUAAGGGCGGAGGGUGCAGGGGCGGAGGGCGCAAGAGCAGAGGGCACAAGAGCAGAGGGCGCAAGAGCGGAAGGGGCCUGGAAAGGCAACCUGAAGGGGGUUCAGAGGGAUGGGGCGCGGUGGCGGCUAGACAGAGUAGCUAAAGGGUUGGAGCGACUGGAGAAGGAGGUGGUGAGACGGCGAGAGGCUGCCGCCCUGCUGCUGGGGAAGGCAGCACGUGAAGGAGCGGAGUGGCAAGGGGUGGUGGAAUCUGGAAGGAGCGUGCAAGGGGAUGGUGUGACUGCAGGCGCGGUGAUUGUAGAGAGAGUUGAUGAGAUGAUGUACUCGGAGCUCCACGCCCUGCUGGGAUGGCGUGUCAAGUCAGAGCGAGUCAACCUCUUCCGCUUUCAGGUUCCUUUCUGCCUGGCCGAAUCUUCAGACCCAUCAGCUCCACGUGUCAACAUCUCAUUGGCCAAAAGCCCAUCCAAUCAGCAAUCCCCUAUCCCUCUAGUCACCCUCCACUCCCACCUGCACAAGGCUCUGCCGCCCACUCUCGCCUCUGCCGCCCAUUUGAUCGUCGGGCGGCGGAUGCCCCUCGGGAUGCGGUCCGAGCACCGGAUUCUGCCGGUCAAUCACACGCUGACAGCUGUCGGACACGUCCACGUCAGCAAGGACGGCCGGGCGGCACUGGUACCUUCCUCGCGCCUUCCUUACUUCCUCUUGAACGAGAGUCGGGAGGCGGCAUUGCAGCGGCUGCGGCAGCAGCGGAGGGGUCAUGUGCAGCGCGGAGCCCUCUUCGCUCUGGCUGCUGCUGCUGUUGCAGGCCUCAUGUGGUGGAGGAAGCGUCGCAACGAGAGGCGGGAGCGGGAGUAUGAGCAGCAGAGAGCGGCCACUGCAUGGCAGGGCGCUGGUGCCCCCUGGGGAGAGGAAUUCCCUGCUCUCCUCCCUGCUGCCACUCACAACCAGUCAAACAGACGUGACCAGCGGAUAGAGGAGAUUCUAGAGGCAGUGGAGGGGAUCAGAGAGGCUCAGAGGGAGGAGAGUGGGGAGAUAAGAGGGGCGGGAGAGGGGGAGGAAGAGGAAGAGGAGGGGUUGGAUUUGGAGUGGGAGCAUGGGUUGCCAGCAGAGCAGGUGUGUGUGGUGUGCGCAGGGAGGGUGAGGAGUGCGGUGUUUAUUCCAUGUGGCCACCGGGUGUGCUGCUUGCGGUGUGCACGGGCUGUGAAGGAGAGCAGCUCCCUCUGCCCUAUCUGCAGGCGGUUUGUGCGGCGAGUGUACCAAGUCUUUGAUACGUGA